ACUCGGAGGCUCAGUGGGGACCGACUGCGGCUUCUGGAAUGUCCAGGUGUUCUGCAGAUGUGAGAGUUUAUCCUGCACUCAGCAGCUGGAGUCCCGACCAGAUGCAAGGCUUGGGCUUCGGCUCUGACGUCCCUGGGCACAGAGGGGUCGCUUUCUAAUUGGCUAAAGGGCAGUUAUUGACAUUGAUGUCUGAUAGUUGCACACAGCCAGUCAUUUUAGGGAGCUGUUGUGGGGAGAGUGAAAUUUGGGGGUGCAAGUUUCGUGACUCUCUUGAGCUAGGAUUCUAAAUAGGAGCCUCAUUUCUGCAGCUCCCACCCUUCGUGCAGGCACCACCACCGUCCCCUCCACCAGAGCACGGGGCCUCAGCAUUCUCAUCUUUGCACUGAGUGUGUUGCAAUAUCUUCUUGCAAAACACUGAUCUCCCAAGACUCCCUGCAUUGAGCGUGAGCGGAAGGGGACUCUCAGAGAAGUCUCUCGUGGUGGCCCGCCAUCGUUCCAUAUAAUCGGAAUCCUCCCCCUCCCACCAUGGCCUGGCUUUUUCUAAAGGUUUUAUUGGUGGGAGUGGGUUCCUUGGGAUGUCUUUAUCCUGUUGUGGAUUUUUGCUUCAGUGGGGAAACGAGAGGCCAGAAACCGAACUUUGUGAUCAUACUGGCAGAUGACAUGGGGUGGGGUGACCUGGGAGCAAACUGGGCAGCAACAAAGGACACUGCCAACCUUGAUCAGAUGGCUUCCCAAGGAAUGAGGUUUGUGGAUUUCCACUCAGCUGCCUCCACCUGCUCGCCCUCCCGGGCUUCCCUGCUCACUGGCCGGCUGGGCCUGCGUAAUGGAGUCACCCACAACUUCGCCGUCACCUCUGUGGGGGGCCUUCCGCUCAACGAGACCACCUUGGCCGAGGUGUUGCAGCAGGCGGGCUACGUCACCGGGAUGAUAGGCAAAUGGCAUCUUGGGCAUCACGGCUCUUAUCACCCCAACUUCCGUGGUUUCGAUUACUACUUUGGAAUCCCGUACAGCCACGACAUGGGCUGCACGGACACCCCGGGCUACGACCACCCUCCUUGUCCAGCGUGCCCUCGGGGCGAUAGGCCGGCAAGGGCCUCCGAUGGGGACUGUUACAUGGACGUGGCCCUUCCUCUGUAUGAGAACCUGCGCAUCGUGGAGCAGCCCGUGAACCUGAGCAGCCUUGCGCAGAAGUACGCCGAGAAAGCCACCCGGUUCAUUCGGCGUGCAAGCGCCAGCAGCAGACCGUUCCUGCUCUAUGUGGCCCUGGCCCACAUGCACGUCCCCCUAACCAAGACCCAGCUACCAGCAGGCCCACAGGCCCGGAGGCCAUACGCUGCAGGCCUCCGAGAGAUGGACGGCCUGGUGGGCCAGAUUAAAGACCAAGUUGACCGCACAGCAAAAGGAAAUACAUUCCUCUGGUUUGCAGGAGACAACGGCCCGUGGGCUCAGAAAUGUGAGCUGGCAGGCAGCGUGGGUCCCUUCACCGGAUCAUGGCAAGCUCAUCAAGGGGGAAGUCCAGCCAAGCGGACCACCUGGGAAGGAGGGCACCGCGUCCCGGCUGUGGCGUACUGGCCUGGCAGAAUCCCCGCCAAUGUCACCAGUCCUGCCCUGCUAAGCCUGCUGGACAUCUUCCCAACUGUGGUGGCCCUGGCGGGGGCCAGCCUGCCCCAAGGCCGCCACUUCGACGGCCUGGAUGCCUCCGACGUGCUCUUUGGCGGGUCGCAGACUGGGCACAGGGCGCUGUUUCACCCCAACAGCGGGGCAGCUGGAGAGUACGGAGCCCUGCAGACCGUCCGCCUGGAGCGUUACAAGGCCUUCUACGUUACCGGCGGAGCCCAAGCCUGCGACGGGGGUGUGGGGCCCGAGCGGCAUCACGAGCCCCCCCUCAUUUUUAACCUGGAAGACGAUGUUGCGGAAGCCGCGCCUCUGGAGCCGGGGAGCGCCGAGUACCAGAGCGUGCUGCCCGAGGUCAGGGGGGCCCUCGCCGACGUCCUUCACGACAUUGCCGGUGACAGCGUCUCCAGGGCGGACUACACGCGGGACCCGGCGGCGGUGCCCUGCUGCAACCCCCACCAAACUGCCUGCCGCUGCCAGGCCGCCCGGCGGGCCGCCGCGCCCGCGAGCGGUGACCUCGGGGAGUGACGCGGGAAGGCCCGUGUCGCCCUCUUCCUAGCGACGGACGCUGUAGAAAUUAGCCUCGGAAUUCUGUCCGGAAGCCGCCCCUUUGCAUCCCCCGCCGUCCCUUCUGCGUGCUGACUUGGGAGGGCAGCGGCCAAGAGGCGUCCCGGGAGGCGCUCGGCUCCCAGCCGGCCCAGGCCCAAGCCCGCUUUGGAACCGGGCCGCUCCUUGCGGCCUCGCGAGCGGACCUUGAGGAUUCCGUAAGGCAGACCGGAGAUGCCGGGCGCGCUCCCUGGCACUUGAAGCAGGCGCUCAGUAUGUUUUCAGCAUCUUAUUUUUAUUUUUAUGCACCCAUUUUAAAUAGAGAUUUGUGCCAACUGGUAUCUAGAGCAGCGCUUCUCCAUUUUUUUGUUGUGGGUGUUAAUCUUCGCCCGAGGAUAUUUUUUCUAUUGAUGUUUAGAGAGAGUGGAAGGGAGGAAAGGAGGGAGGGAGAGAGAGAGAGAGAAACAUCGAUGUGAGACACACGUCGAUUGGGUGCCUCACGCACGCACCCGACCAGGGCUGGGGAUCGAACCUGCAACUCAGGUAUGUGCCCUUGACCGGGAAUCGAACACGUGACCCUUUGGUCUGCGGGCUGACGCUCUAACCACUGCACCACACCAGCCUGGGCUCCAUCUUUCAUAUUCAUACGAAUCACCUGGGGGCUUGUGACAGAACCGAUUCCCACCCGGUAGGUCUGGGUUGGGCCCGAGCUCCUCCAUCUCUAGGCCGCCCCCGGGGGAUGCUUGAGUGGCUCGGAUGUUGACUAGACGACGUCAGGUGCUUCCAGGUCUCGGAGCAGAAGAGCCACAGGUACGUCCGUGGCCCUCCCCCCUCCCCACCCCUUUUAAAGGUCAAAUAGGAGUCCUUCCUGCUUCCUAAAACUUCGAAGAAAUAAACUGUCAGAGCCUCAAA